CAUCUUUGCGACGGGGCGGCCGUAAAGCGUGCUGGCGGGAAAAGCGAUGGGGCUGCUGGAGGAGUGCCGGGCCUCCCUGGGGGCCGGAGACCUCUACCAGGCGCUGGGGGUGCGGCGCGGGGCCUCGGCCGAGGAGAUCCGGCGCGGCUACCGCAAGGCCUCCCUCCGGCUCCACCCGGACCGCGCAGAGCCCGGACUUAAGGAGGAGGCCACCGCCCGCUUCCAGAUCUUAGGGAAGGUGUAUGCAGUGCUGAGUGACAAGGAGCAGCGGGCUCUAUAUGAUGAGCAAGGGAUUGUGGAUGAGGAGUCAAGCGUGCUAACCCAGGAUCGUGAUUGGGAAGAGUACUGGAGGCUGCUCUUCAAAAAAAUAACUGUAAAAGAUAUUGAAGACUUUGAAAAGAAGUACAAAGAUUCCGCAGAAGAACUGGAUGACAUUAAAGCAGCAUAUGAGGACUUUAAAGGCGAUAUGGAUAAAAUUAUGGAAUCCGUGCUGUGUGCUGAAUAUACAGAUGAGCCUAGAAUAAGAAAGAUUAUCCAACAUGCCAUUGACUUGGGGGAACUUUCAUCAUAUAAAGCCUUUGUGAAAGAGUCUAAGCAGAAGAUAAAUGCAAGAAAAAGGAGGGCUGAGAAAGAAGCUGAAGAAGCAGAAAAAUCCAGAGAAGAACUAGGUCUUGGUGAAGGAGAUGAUGACUUGAAAGCACUAAUUCAAAGCAGAAAUAAAAAUCGACAAAAGGAGAUGGAUGACUUUCUUGCUCAGAUGGAAGCAAAAUAUGCAACUAAAUCCAAAAAAGGAGGAAAAAAAGAAGCACCCAAAAGAGUGAAGUGACUGAUUUAAACAUGAACCUCUUUGGGAAGUCAAUGGAAUACAUGCUUUCAUCAAUUAAUUGCAACUGAUGUAGGGUAAAAGACAUCCAGGAAGAGGUGGUGAGAUGUAAAAUUAAAGUAGCUAUUAAGCUCCUCAAAGUGCAGUAGGACUCUAGAUUGUCUUUAGCAGGAUUAUUACUGUGUCUAGCAAAAAUGAAGAAACUUUUGGUCUAAAAAGUGUGUGAAAGUCUAAAAAAUCUUGCAAACUUGUACAAAGCAAUAUUGUUUAUGGCGACAAUGUUUUGUCACUUUUUAAAAUACUUAACUCUCAUUAAAUGAGGCAUAUUGUCA